UUGAAACGACCGCCCCGAACUCAUCGCCAGCAUUUUCCACUCUAACAGGGUUUUGCCUAAAGGGAGAGAAAGAAAGAAACAAUUCCAAAUAGUAUUGGAAAAGUUUCAGUUUUUACAAGAAUUGAUAAGAGAAUCUUUGUCUUCGUAUAAUCACCGAGAGAGAGAGAGAGAGAGAUUUUUGGUUAAGCAUAGAAGCAGCACCUGUUUUUUUAUCCAAAAACCUCUCCACCUUCCCUUUCUUUCUCCCUCUUUCACAUUUCCACUCCAUUGAUAUUUACAAAUCUUGGGUUCUCAUUGCAUUUCCAAAAAGGAAAGAAAGAUUGGAUCUUUUUGGCUAUGGUAUGUGUAGAUAAAUAAAAAGAAAGGUGUGUGUGAGUGUUUAGAGGUGGAAUAUUAUGAAUCCGAAAUCGGGUUCUUCUUCUACUGCUGCUUCUCCUGUUAGAGAAGGAGGAGGAGGGAUGAUGGACAAGGGUCAUAAGCCUAAGAGGCUCUAUCAAGUUUGGAAAGGAAGCAAUAGAUUUUUCUGUGGUGGGAGAUUGAUCCUUGGCCCUGAUGUGGCAUCAAUUUUUCUAACAACACUUCUUAUCGCUGCCCCUGCUAUUGCCUUUUGUAUCAAAGUCUAUUACAAGAUCGUGGAUGAAGGUUCUGUAAAUGCCCGGUGGUAUCCUGUAUUAGUUGUUGGAUUCAUCCUUACUGUAUUAACUUUAGUAUUUCUCUUCUUGACAUCUUUCCGAGAUCCUGGAAUAGUCUGUAGAAAUACAAGGCCUACCGAGUCAGAUGAAACAGGUGGUGCAAAUACCCCGUCAAUGGAAUGGAUCAGUGGGAGAACCCCCUAUUUGAGAUUACCUCGGACAAAAGACGUGAUGGUAAAUGGCCACACUGUGAAAGUUAAGUACUGUGACACCUGUUUGCUUUAUCGACCUCCCCGUGCUUCCCAUUGUUCAAUUUGCAACAACUGUGUUCAGAGAUUUGAUCAUCACUGUCCAUGGGUUGGCCAGUGCAUUGGAAUGCGUAACUAUCGGUUCUUCUUUCUGUUUAUAUCGACAGCAACCAUCUUGUGCUUAUACAUUUUCGGGUUUUCUUGGAUCUUCAUUCUUAAUGGAAAGAGAAAUGUUUGGAAAACUGCAACACACGAUAUACUUGCUGAUUUUCUCAUGGUCUACUGCUUCAUAACUAUCUGGUUUGUUGGUGGCCUCACAGCUUUCCAUUCCUAUCUGAUUUGCACAAACCAGACUACAUAUGAGAAUUUCCGCUACCGGUAUGAUAAGAAGGAGAAUCCAUAUAAUAGGGGAGUGAUAAGAAAUAUUAGAGAAAUCUUUUUCUCAAAGAUCCUGCCUUCAAUGAAUAAGUUCCGAUCAUUUGUGGAUGAAGAUGAACACAUGGCAGUCGGAUCUCUGACACCAAAUCUUGGAGAUAAUUUGGAUAGGUCAAAGGGGAAAAUCGACAUUGAAAUGGGAGCUAAGGUUGCAGGAGCUAGUAAUUAUUCCCUUCCAGAAAUUUUACAAACUUUGGAUUAUGAUGAUGAUUCAGAUGAUAAUUUAAAGACGAAGGUGGAAGAUGGAAGACCAGUCAUGGACCUGUCCUUUCAUGGAGAGCUAGAUCUGAAAGAAUCAGUUCAAAUCUCUAUUGUUGGCAAUGGAUCAAUAGAAUCAGUACAUUGUCCAAAUGCCUCAGAUGGAGUGAGGGAAUCUGCUAUAAGUUCAAGGGAAUCUGUUCAAAUUUCCAUUGCUGAAGAUGGAGCUGGAGAAUCUGCUAAAAGUGCCAUUGCUGGUAAUGCAGUGAUAGUAUCUUCGCAAAACUCCACUUCCGAAGAUGGGGUAUAUAUCAAUAAUUCUAUUGUUGAAGAUAGGACUAACCCAGCUGAGGGCAGUACUGAUGAUCACAAUUCUCAUCAAACCACAGCACCGGUUCUUCAAGUAUAAAGGUCUUGUUGCAGAAAACAUCUUCUGUUGCUCAAAUAUAUUGAAUCAUAUACAAAGGAUAGCUUGUUCCUGUGAUUGCACUAGUUGGUAGUUGACUGGCUUCAAAGGGCUGCAAGUUUAUAAAGGUUGAAUGCUAGCUCAUCAAUGCUGCUGUUGCGGGAAAAAGAACAGGAAUUGACCGAACACCGACUUGACGUUGUUGCAAGUUGUAAAUCUGACAUUUUGUAGUAAUCCAGAAACCUGCAAACGAGUGAACGUAUCUGUGAGGGUACAAUUGCUAAGAUUUAUUUUUCUUUUUGAUAGGUUUUUUCUAUCUCUUAUCAUUUUUUCUAAGAUUGGUUGGGUUUUUUUUGUUCAUGUGGUUAUAUAUGUAGAGGUUUGGAGCCAAUUUUUUUCAUUUCUAUAGACUACAAGUGAUUGAUUCGUUUCUAAAA